AUGCCUCCUAAAAGAGCAUGGAACAAACAAAUAAUAAUUCAAUGGUUAAACUUUCAUCAAUUGAAUUAUUCAAAUAGUGCAACUAAAGCUGAAUUGCUCGAGAUUGCAUUUGAAAAUGUUCCAGCAAAGAAAUAUCUCGUAGAUGAAGCGGCACAGAUCUACAAUGUUGAUAUUAUUAGGUUACCUGUGAAACAUUGUUCGUUAAAUUCUAUUGAAUUAGGCUGGGCUGGAAUGAAAGCAUAUAUACGCGAUAAUAACACAAAUUUUUGUUUGCCCGAUGUUGAACGAUUAGCUUCAGAGUGGAUUGCUGCGGUAGAUGAAGCUACCGCCCAAAGUUAUAUUGCUCAUGCUCAUCAACAUGAGCUGGUUUUUAAACAAACCGAUGCAUUUGCUGAAGAAGUGGAAGACCAGUUGAUUGAUGACGAGGAUGAAGAUCAACUUACAUCUUAUGAAUCUGAUGAUGAAACUAAUAUGACCAUCAUUUUCCUAUUAUUUUUAGAAUAA